AUGCAGAUGAAUCACAAAGACAAGGAUUUGGGAAGAAAAAGCACAGAGCAAGGCCUGGAUAUGUCCAGGUUACCUGUAUUCUCACGCCAGGAAAAGAGCUACAUCAAAGGCACAUCUGAUUUCUUGGGAUUAGGUCAUUUUACUACACGGUACAUCACAGAAAGAAAUUACCCCUCAAGCCAGGGGCCCAGCUACCAAAAUGAUCGUGACUUGGUAGAACUGGCUGACCCAAAUUGGCUUGAUAUGGGUUCUAAAUGGCUUUACUAUGAGUGGGGAUUUAGGAGACUCCUCAACUUUGCUCAGACUCAAUACGGUGAUUCUCCCAUAUAUGUGACAGAAAAUGGAGCAUCUCAAAAAUUACACUGUACUCAACUGUGUGAUGAGUAGAGAAUUCAAUACCUCAAAGGAUACAUAAAUGAAAUGCUAAAGGCUAUAAAAGAUGGUGCCAAUAUAAAAGGUUAUACUUCUUGGUCUCUGUUGGAUAAAUUUGAAUGGGAGAAAGGAUACUCAGAUAGAUAUGGAUUCUACUAUGUCGAAUUUAACAAUAGAAAUAAACCACGAUACCCAAAGGCUUCAGUUCAGUAUUACAAGAAGAUUGUCACUGCCAAUGGAUUUCCAAAUGCAACAGAGGUGAAAAGUUGGCAUCUCAAAGCUUUGGAAACCUGCUCUAUCAACAACCAGAUGUUUGCUGCAGAUUCACUAAGAUGGCCACAUUCUCCCCCAUUUCAGCUAAGUCACAUGCAGAUGGUGACGGAGAUCGUGGUACCUACAGUGUGCACCCUCUGUGUACUCAUCGCUGCAGUUCUCCUAAUACUCCUCUUGCAGGGCCAGAGCUGAGCCAGGUAACCCAUUUAGUAGCUUCAUCUUUCAUACAAAUUGUCAGGGGCUUUUUUUCUUUUUUCUGCUUUGAAGGUUUACAUAGAUUUCAGUUUUCAGGUUCUGUUAAUUCUUUUUCCCCCACUUCUCUCUCCUUUUUUUCU